AUGGAUGAUGCCGAAAAAACAAACUCCUAUGAGUCCAUUUUCCUUACUAAGGAAAGUCCAUUGUUUGGUACGUCAGAGGUAUUGGACAAGAAUACAAUCCUGAAGUUAUUUGAUUGGAACUGGGAGGAUAAAGGUAAUGACUUAAUGUUGGAAAUGCAUGUCGAUUCAGAAACCAUUUUUGAUGAUGCUCAUGAAAAUGUGUCCUCUUUGGAAGAAGAUAAUACAGAGAGUAUAGGAUCUAGUUACAAACGGGAAGCUAAACAAAUCUUGGCUCAGGACUUGCCAGGUGUUAAUUUUAAGGAAUAUGUGAAUUUGAUGGGUAAAGAAGAGAAUAGACCGCUCUUGAGAGAAUUUGUUAGAUUACUCCACCCACUUCCGGUCUCUUUGUAUCUUAUGUUGAGGAAGGUGUCGCUAUCUGUGUACUUUAUAGCCGAAGCCCGGGCGAUUGACUCAUUGUUAGAAGAAAUCAGUAUGCAGUGGGUUGCAACUCAUGAUGUUCCUCAUUAUGAAAACAAUUAUCGGUUGGUGCACAUUACGUUGUUUUCGUUGCUGCUAUUAAAUUCUAAUUUACACAAUGAGCUUUCGCAGUCCAAGUUUACCCGCGAUGAGUUUGUUGAGAAUACUAUAUUUGCUUUAUUGAAUGAGUCUGUCAAUAUUGAUAAGUCGGCUCUUGAAACCGAAUUGGGCUCUUACUAUGAUUUGCUUUCGGUUGAUCAGUUGCCGUUGUACAAGGGGCCAUCUGCGUCGGCGGCUGUAAAACCGACAAACUUCAGUUCAAAGGAAAAUCUGAUUCCUAAUCGAAUCAAAAGAUCAGUCUCAAACGUUUCUGAUCUGUCCAAUGCCUCUUCGAACUGGGAACGUACCAAGACAGCGAAAUGUGCGUUUGGACUGACUAAUUGGAGGUAUCAUCAUGAUCAGCCCCUACCACAGCUAUACUUCCCCGAAAGUUGCGACGCUCGUAUGAAGCAUGACGACACGUCUUACUGGAUGGCGGAUGAUGUUCUUCAAUUCCAAGAACCCUUGUCGAAUUCCCCGAACUAUCCAGCUCUCCGUAAGUCCUCUACAUCUUUUAACCCAUCUAAGCGCAAGUUCUUCGGAUGGUUCAGACACAGCCCGACCGCCUCUAUUUUCAAAGAACACGAAGAAGAAUCCCUGAAGAACUCCAAAUGGUUCAAUGCUCGGGUCAGGGUGGCUGAAGGAAGACUAUACAUCUUCAACUUUAAGAAUUGUCAGGCACUUAGCCCGAAGACUUCAGAUUUGGCCAGCUGCAGGAGCCGCGCUUUCUCGUACACUGUAUUGAACCUAUUCGGAGCCACAGCUACACUAUUACAGAAUAAUAUAGUAUACAACAGUAACCACAAAAGAUGGAAUUUCACAAUCACUUUCCCAAGAAGUAUCGAUUGUGAAUCCCAACGGGUCUACAGAUUCCAAACUAAAGAUAUGAAUGUAGCCCAAAAAUUUGUGAGAUCCACCCUUAUGUGGAGCGCACGAAUUACACCAAUCCCCAAAACUCAAUUUGAGAUGGUUUCUAAUCAAGAGUACGGCUGGAGUGAGCGAUUGCUAAACAAAACGGUUCGCCCAAUAAGCGUGGCUCUUUCCCAUUGGACUCCAUUACUGGGAAUUGAAUCAAUUUAUGAGGAAAUUGAGGAUGUUGGCCAUGUUACACUAGAAGACCGGUACUAUAACCUCAAGGUUUUUACUGAGAAAUUGGUACAGCUAAUUGACAAACAUAAUAGUUACAAGCCAAUGAUGAUUGAAAUAUGGUCACUAGGUAGCAGUGCAGAUAAAUUUGACAUUGCCAUGGAUAAUUGGAAUAGAAGAUACUUAUUUUUGAUCGCCAUGUAUGAGAAACAUAAUCUUUACUUAAAGGCGCUUGAAGAUCUAAUUGAUAACAAUGAUGAUGAUUUUAAAUAA